CUCUGCUUUCGGUUAUGAUUUCUAUCAUCAACCAAGAGAGGUACAAGACGGUGGUGACGCCCCGCAGGGCCGCGGUGGCCAUCGCCGGCUGCUGGAUCCUCUCCCUCGUGGUGGGCCUGACGCCCAUGUUUGGCUGGAACAACCUGGGUGCGGUGCAGCGGGCCUGGGCGGCCAACGGCAGCGCCGGGGAGCCCGUGAUCAAGUGCGAGUUUGAGAAGGUCAUCAGCAUGGAGUACAUGGUCUACUUCAACUUCUUCGUCUGGGUGCUGCCGCCGCUGCUGCUCAUGGCGCUCGUCUACCUGGAGGUGUUCUACCUGAUCCGCCGGCAGCUCAGCAAGAAGGUGUCGGCCUCCUCGGGCGACCCGCACAAGUACUACGGGAAGGAGCUGAAGAUCGCCAAGUCGCUGGCGCUCAUCCUCCUCCUCUUCGCGCUCAGCUGGCUGCCCCUGCACAUCCUGAACUGUAUCACCCUCUUCUGCCCGAGCUGCCACAAGCCCAGCCUGCUCACCUACAUCGCCAUCUUCCUCACGCACGGCAACUCCGCCAUGAACCCCAUCGUCUACGCCUUCCGCAUCCAGAAGUUCCGGGUCACCUUCCUCAAGAUUUGGAACGACCAUUUCCGCUGCCAGCCCGCACCCCCCGUGGACGAGGGCCCCCCGGAAGAGAGGCCGGAUGACUAGAUUCUCCCUGCCCACAGCCAGAGCACCUCAGCGCGGCCCUCACUCCCCACCAUCUAACUGUCUCCAUGGGCCUCCCCGGCCGGGCCGGGGUGUGGGGGCCAUCCAUGGGGGGAAACCAGGCAACCUGAGGGAAGGAGGGAAGUGGCUUGAGCCACCCCACCUGCUGCCUGUCCCUGGGCAGCCCCUGCUUCAGGCAAAGGGCCCCGCGGCGGGGAGGCCAUCUCCGCUCCUGCAGGUGGGGGCGCUCUCGUCUCAGCGGCUGUGACCCUGCAGCCUGGGACCAGGCCUCAGGAGGGAGGACAUCCCCGCCAAGAUGCGUGAAGAAGAUGCUGUCUCUGAAGGAGAAGGUGGCCCGAGCCAGUGAGGGGCAGCCAUGAAGGAGCCUCAGGCCCUACCUCCCCAGCCCCAGGCUCCCGGCCACGCUGGGUGCCACGGUGCCGCCCCCUUGCUCUGAGCAGCCCAAGACUGUACUUGAGAGGGAGGUAGG